AUCUGUCAAUCAACAAAUAAUUUCAAAGACUAUGAAGCUUGACCAUGGAUAUUUUGGUAAAAAUGCCUUUUAUUUCACUUGGUUUGAUUCACAUCCGUUGAUUCAGAAUAAGUCAUUAGUUACAGAUCAAAUCUUGACCAUUGAAAUCCUCCAGCAAUCUUUAUCUCCUUCUGUGUAUUUUGCUGUUUGCGUUUCUCCUUUUCCAUCCGUUUUCAUUCUUCCCGUUUCUCCUUUCGUUUCUCACUUUUAAUCGCGUCGCACGUUCUCCCUUUUAUGUCUUCUGUUUUCCUUCGAUCGGUUGAGAUUGACCAGGCGGUGGUGGGGAUUUUUAUUCUUCCGUCCCGCAUUCACCAUUUUUGCAGACCAUUCGAUAUGAUCUUCCACCAUGGGUUUGGGUAUUUUAUCUGUCAUCUAAAAGCGAUGAGGGCGAGUGAAGCAGCAAGCACCAUUGAACGCCAAGUGGUGAACCCUUUGAAUGAGUCUCACGGUUUCGAUGCUGCUCUUUCCAUGUGGCGCGUUCCUAACCUCGAUUAUGUCGCGUUUCUUUGGUGUUCAACACCGCAGCACAUUGAUUAUGGUGGUGAAUCACUGCGCAUGGAGGUCAAUGUUAGUAGGUUGUUCUUCGCAGAAUGCAGGUUAAUACAUUUUCCAAACAUUUCAUUUGCUUUAUUGGACCACUCUAUUAUCUUAGGCAUUAUUUCCGUAACUAUCUUUCCAACAGAGAUUCCUCCAUGCUCCUUCAUUUGUUGUUUUUGUUUUUUUGACAUCGGACAUCUUUUGAAGAACUUUCUCCCGUUUUUUUUUUUUGGAGAUUGAAGGCAGAGAUAGGUAUAUAAAAUCUAGAUUUCUUAUUUUGUAGCUUUAGCGAACAGAAUCCUCUUGCUCUGUCCAUUAUGUUGUUAUUAGCUUCUUUUUCUUCGCUUUCAUAUGCGGUGUUAAGCCAUUAUCAUAUAAACCAGCAUGUGCAUUUCACUCCUUCUCCAUAGUUACAAUCAAUCAUUUUGAUUGUAGUUUAUACUCUUUUUUCCAUUGUUCGCUGAUAAUUUCAUAAAAUUUGUUCUGAAUUAACCUUAUCAAUUUUAACUCGGAUUAUCUUACAUGCUUUUUUUCCCUUUUUGUUGCCUAUUCCUUCUUUGGUUUAGUUUUGGGUGCUGCAAUUUCACCUUCGCGGGUUGUAAUGCUGAGAUUUAGGGGUUUUAAUUUUCACCGUUCUUAAAUUCAUGCAAUGCAUUAUAAUUAGGUGUUAGUCAUUGUUUAUACUCUUUGUAGAUGGUGAGGGAUCAAUUCAGUAGAAUUAGACGAGGCUGAUGGGCUCAAUGCGGUGGGAUUAAUUUUUGAUGCAUCUAUUUGUGAUGGGGUUGGAACUGGCUAUGGUGUGAUUCAUAGAGACCACGAAGGGCAAUGUGUUAAAGAACCGGUUCAUGGCUUCCUACUCUUUCCUCUUCUACAAAUUUACUCCAGAAUCUAAAUGAGAGUUGAUACUUGAUGUUGAUUUACAGGUCCAAGCUGAUGAUGUAUGCUUACAAGUUAGUUUAUGUUUUUCCGAAAGGGAUCAAUCUAAGAGUGCAUACAAGUUGUAUGCUUGCAAAUUUAC